AUGAAUAGAAAUGAGUCUGAUAAAAUAAAAUGUAAAAACCAAGCAGAUAUUAAUGAAUGUGUCAAUAAAGAAAACACACAAGAGGAGAAAGAAAAAUUAUGUGACGAGAAAAAAAAAAAUGAUGAGAAAAAAAAUUCUUGUGACGAGAAAAAAAAAAAUGAUGAGAAAAAAAAUUCUUGUGACGAGAAAAAAAAUUCUUGUGAUGAGAAAAAUAAUUCUUGUGAUGAGAAAAAAAAUUCAUGUGAAGAAAAAAAAAAUAAUAUAGCUCUAGAUGACGAUGUAAAUAUAAACAAGAUUGUCGAAAAAAUGUCAAUAGAAGAACCUGAGAUAUUAAAAAAAAUAUUUAAUUUGAUGAAAAAAAAUAGUUGUUUAAAUUAUUAUCCAUUACUUACACCUUAUCAUAAUAUAGAAAAAAUUGUAGAUAUAUUAAUACAAGAAAAUUAUGAAUAUGAAAAUACAUGGACAGUGCAUUGUGAGGCUAGUUUUAUUUGUAGAUUAUUUUAUGAAGGUUUUAUACCUGUAGCUAGUAAACAAAAGAUUUAUAAAAUGGAAAACUCUAAAACUAUUAUGUAUAAAGAAUGUUUAUUAAUACCUAAAAUUCAUUUUAUUAGAUCAUGCAUGCAUCCAAGUGAAAUACAUAUAUCAAAAAAAGUAAAAAAAAAAUGUAAACAUUUUUAUAUAUCUAUUGAUAAAAAUUUUGAAGGAGUUAUGGAAGGAAUAGUAGAAAAGCAUGGAGAAAAUUGGUUAUAUCCCUUUGUUCAAGAAGAAUUUAAAAAAAUUUUUUAUAAACAUGUAACUUAUAAAAAUGUUAAAAUACAUUCUGUUGAAUUAUGGUUUGGUGAUGAAUUAGUUGCAGGAGAAAUUGGAAAUACUGUAGGAUCUGUAUAUACUAGUUUAACAGGAUUCCAAAGAAAAAGUUGUGCAGGUACUAUUCAAUUAUGUGCACUAGCCAAAUUAUUAGAAAUGCAAAAAUUCAAUCUAUGGGAUCUAGGUAUGCUCUUACCAUAUAAAAAAGAUAUAGGAUCUAAAGAAAUAUCUAUGAAAGAAUUCUAUACAAAACAUAGAUUAUUUAAACAUCAACAUGCUGAAUUUAAAACACCUUUUAUGGAUAAACUUAACUGUAGUGUUUUAAUUAAAGGUACAAACCCUCAAUCAUUCAAAGAGGAAUAA